AUGUCGUCCUUAGCUACCCGGAAAAGUCGCUUCAGAACUACAUUUCUCGCCCUUUUCGUGAUCUGCUUCUUGUCCACCUACAUUUUUGUCUUCCAGCAGCGAGCACUACAGGCUCCACUUGGGCUGAAGCGUCCCGACAGGCCAGCAGCCGACCAGAUCGCAAAGGCUCUGGAGACAAUACGAACAUCCGCCGAUGCUGCUACUCUUCGCAAAGCCUAUACCAACCAACCACAGCUGCGGCUAGACACAAUGCAGGAACUGGCCGCCGUCUCCAGCUUCCUAGCCAGUCUGCCCCAGAACGUCAUUCCUUCCUUCGUAGACCCUUCUUUACCCAUAGAUCCCCAGCUCGUCGUCGACUUCGAUCCCCAAAGUCCUCGGGUAGCCGAUGAGAUACAGGACAUGAUCGAUGAUGUCUGGACGCGGCAUCCUGUCUUCCUAUAUUCCAAGCUAUAUUCACCCGUAUCGCGUGAGAUAAAGGCCAUCCUCGCAGACCUUUAUUUGCGUCCAGCACCCAUGAUCAUGGAUGUUGAUGUUCGUGAGGACAGUGCCGUGCUUGAGCCCCUCCUCGAGAGGGUCUUAGCUACGGACGAUCUGCCCAUCCUCCUGAUCGGCGGUCACUACAGUGGUGAGCUCAAAGAAAUGAUCAGAGCCGCCGGCGCUGUCAUUGAUGGUGCCAAGAAGAAGCACAAAAAAUCAUAG